AUGGCCCCAAAACAAAAGGCAACCGACGGCGGCCCAUCUUCCAACAGCAAAUCAUCCUCCGCCCACGGCAACAGUCAUUCCAACUCGGAAGGUCGAGGAGGCCACGCUAACGGAAACUCAUCAGAACGCGGCGGUGGCUCCUCUGCAGCCCACGAGCGGGUGUCCUCCUCUUCCAACGCCAACAAUAACAGUAGUAACGCAGCUGUUGGUUCAAGUAGUGGUGCCGGCAGCGGGUUGGCCAAUGGGACAGGAGGAGGAAGCCUGCAUACCGAAAAGGGAGGCUCGAGUAGUCAUGCUGGCGGGAGCGGUACAACCGGCAGCGGAAGCAAGCGGAAAGCAGAGUCGCCCUUGAUCACUGUCGAUUUAAGCGCGUUGGAUAUGUCGGCGCUGCGCCGGUAUUGCCGCUUGAACCACCUCAAACCAAAGUCCAAGACCCGUGAAGCCUUGGUCAACGCGGCCACCACACACUGGAACAGCACUUCUGCUCAGGAGGUCGAUUCCGUCGCCUACUUUCUCUUUGCCGUCAAGCACCGUCGUAAGUUUUGA